AUGGCUGCCGAAGGACAGAGUCCGGUCUCGAAGAAGACCACCAAACCAAAGUCCAGAUCGAGCGCAGAACAUUUGAUGAAGCGCGUUUCGAGAGCUUGUUUGCAUUGCCGUCAGCGCAAGUCGAGAUGCGAUCUAGAUAUUAGUCCUAAUCCAGGAACACCACCGUGCCAGCGCUGUCUACGAGACAAGCGCGAGUGUGUCCUAGGCAGUUCCAACAGAGGUGGGCGUCGUAUCCGGAAGAACAAGAUCAGCAACAUCACACCAGCUGCAGUGCCUACACCGACGACGACGGUGCAAUUGGAGGAGACAUCCAGUUCUCCCAAUUCGGAUCGCUCUCACUUUCCUGUUUAUCCCGGAUCUUUCGUCUACGUCCAGUCGGAACAUGCCGUGGCAAACGGGACAACUGCAAAGGAUGACGAGAUUGCAUCGAAUGCUGACAGUGCGAUUGAGGAGGUCCCCAGAAACCCUUCUGAUGCAUGGCAGUGUCUGAGCAGAGUUGCCAACCGAGGUGCGGAGACUACUGAUGCGGAAAGACUUGAAGACCGUCAGUCUGGAGACUCCUCGGAUCUCCCGUCAACAAACGGGACCCAGAACGGGCAAAGAGUGGACUACCAUGCGAGGAGUCGCAUCAAUGAGUAUACGCUCGUCCAAAACCGUUCGCUCGACCCCGAGACUGUAUGGUUUCUGGUGAGCCGCUAUGCUGAGCAUUUCCAUCCUUAUUUCCCUCUAGUUCCAAGGAGGUACUUUGACCGCAACGCUCUGGGCACGUUCGCAACAAAAGAGAAGCAUCUACUAACAGCAGUUCUGACGAUUGCUACCAAAGACCUCGUGGAGCGCCCAGAUAUCCAUGAACAUUGUUCGCAGUAUAUGCAUGAGCUGAUAUCGGGAAUCGCGGCCGGUGCGGACUGCGGUGUUGAAGCCGUUGAGGCUCUACUUCUUCUGGCGGAGUGGGAGCCGCAUGGGCUACGGCCAGGAAAGACGCCUGUUGGAAGAGGAGAAGAAGAUCGAGCAGCGUGGAUGCACGUUGGUCUUGCACUGCGCACAGGAUACUUCCUCGGUCUGGACCGGACAUCGUUUCGAGGCGACUGCGCUGGCGAUCCACAAACUGAUGAGCGCAAGCGCUUGGCAUGGGCCAACUGUUAUAUCUCAGAUCGACUGAUAUCAGUCCGCAUUGGACGGGCAUUCUGGUCUCGAGGACCCGGCCCGAUGACGGGGCUAGUCAGCCAGGACUUCCCUUCUCUGCAGCCCAUGAAUGAGGGAGACGAGGACUAUGCGAACAUCUUCCAAGCCUCGUUGGACCUGACUCAGCUUUAUGGAAACGUACAUGAUGUCCUCUAUUCUGGAAUGCGUACGAGCAAUCAGAUGAUGCUCAUGGGAGACUACGUUAAAUAUGCGGAUGACUUCCGCUCAGGCAUCCUACGGUGGAACCAAAAAUGGGGCAACUUGGCUUGCUCCCACCAUAUCAAAGCGACACUCCGAAUGUCUUACGAGUACCUGCGGCUUUACACAAAUGCAUUUGCAUUCCAAGCUGCAAUCUCCCAGACGCUUGUGUCCAAGCCAAAAGAUGAUGUCCAUCCACUGAGAGAACAUCUCAGAACUACCUUCAGCAACCUCUCAUCGAUGCAAGAUGCCCGUUUCAUAUAUGAUUCGGUCGACGCUGCUAAAGCCUAUUUGAACCUCCUAGUCAGGGACGUGGACCCUGAACGUCACCUUCGCUAUAUGCCUCUGAGGUUUUAUUUUUACGGUAUAUAUGCCGCCGUUUUCCUAUACAAGGCAAGUAAAUGUGCUGCAGCCCGCUCUUUCGGUGUAUUACGACCGAAAGAGGAACUUGUUGUUCGAGAACUCGUGAGCAGAACGACAGAAAAGCUCAAUCGAGCAAGUCUGGGACCCGACGACAUUGGGUCUCGAUACGCUCGACUUUUAGAGCUCCUGUGGAAACCGAAGUCUACUAUUACCGCACUACCAUCUCCUCAGGAAACCCACCUCAGCAAUGAUGUUCCAGUGCCUGCACCCAUACCAAGUGUUCCUGAAGCGGGUUACAUGCAAUUCAGCCCUGCCAACGAUUUCUCCUGGCUUGACCUCGAAGCAGUUGGGGAUUACGUUGACCCCGAACAGAUGACUGGAACGGAUAUCCUUGGUUUUGACUCCUUCCAGAGCCCGUCUGUCUAUACUGCUGGGCAGGAACGUUCAUUAUGGCAAGCGCCAGCGUGGGCCAAUGAUAUGUCCGCCAAUCUGCCCUUCUGA